GGCGUGUUGUUGGGUCGCUGGUGGUGCUGGUUAUGGUGGGGUCUCAGUUGGGCGCAGCUGCUGCAGAUCCGCUGGUUUUAGGGAGUUUGUGAAGAUGUCGAGCCGCGCGCUGCGCAGACUGAAGGGGAAGCAGCGCGGCCAGGAGGACCUGGACCUCGCGGAGCUGCGGGUGGAGGAGGAGGAGGAGGCGGCGCGGGAGGGAGAGGAGUUAGAGGAGCAGGAGGAGGUUCUGCAGCCGGUCAGAGGAGCAGGCAGGAAAACCAAGAGGAGCAAAUCUCAGAAGAACAUUAGCAACAUUUAUGAACUGAUUGGUGACCCUGACAAUGAUACAGACAAAAGUCCCACUGAUGAGGAGAACGUGUUGACAGGGAGAAGCCAUGGAGUACAAAAGCAAGAGUGCCAACCUGAUAUGGAGACCACAAAGUCUGACUCUAACGAGAAAGUAAAAAAGAAAAAGAAGAAGAAGAAAAAAAAGACUGCUCCUGGGGAUGUGCAGGAGGAGUCCACUGCAGGGGAUGACAUUGACGCUCUGCUGGAGACCAUAGAAAAGACCAAUGGCCUUUCACACCAGAGUGAGGACAGUGGAGUCUCAGGCCAUAGGCCUGUACUUUAUGUGGAGCACAGGAACCUGAAUCCUGAGAAUGAACUAAAGCGAUAUUUUGGAGCUCGGGCUGUUUUGGGAGACCAAAGGCCCAGGCAACGACAGAGGCAGUUUCACAGAAGUACAUGGAUGACCGCACCUAAAGACACUUGGCCUCGCUUUAGUAAACCAGGUAUCUCCAUGAGUCUGCUGGAGUCCAAAAAUGGCCUCCACUUCUUUGUGUUUGAGCACAGCCGUGAAUACCAGCAAGUCCAGUUCAGGUUCUUUGAUGCUGUGGAGUCCAUGGAUCCUAAUAACAUUGUGGUGCUGCUGCAGCUUAAUCCCUACCAUGUCGACUCUCUGCUGCAACUCUCUGAUGUCUGUCGCAUCCAAGAGGACCAAGAGACUGCAAGGGAUUUGAUUGAGAGGGCUUUGUACAGCUUUGAGUGUGCAUUCCACCCUGUGUUCAGCUUGACCUCAGGUACCAGCAGAUUGGACUACCGAAGAGCAGAGAACAGGGCUUUUUAUCUGGCGGUUUAUAAGCACAUGAUGUUCCUGGAGAAGCGAGGCUGCCCCCGCACGGCCCUGGAGUACUGCAGACUCCUUCUGAGUUUGGACCCAGAUAAUGACCCUCUGUUCAUGCUUCUGCUGAUUGAUUUCUUGUGUCUGCGCUGCCGGGAGUAUGCGUCCCUUAUUCGACUGUACGAGGAGUGGGAGGUCCAUCGGAAACUGUCCCAGCUGCCGAACUUUGCCUACUCAGUCGCGCUGGCCUUAUACCACUCGAGUCAGCAGGAGGAGACUCCACCCGAGGAGAGCCAGCGCAUGAAGCUGAAAUCAGAUAGAAUGCUGCAGGACGCUCUUAUCAUGUUCCCUGGGGUGCUAAUGCCUUUACUGGACCUGUGUACAGUCCAGCCUGAUGCAGCCGUGUCUUCCCAUGACUUCUUUGGGCCUAGAAACCGCAUAGGGCAGCCGUCUGCGCUCUCGGUGCUGGAGGGGCUGUACGUGGGCCGCUGUCACAGCAUGUGGAAGGAAGCAGGGGUGAUGCUCUGGAUGGAGGGGAACGUUGGUGAGGUGCUGAAGAGAGUUGACUCAAAGGAUCCUUUUGUAGAGGAGUGCCUGAACAAGAGGAAACAGGGCUACCAGAUCGUUCCCCGGCACAUCCACAGGCAUGUGCUUCUGUCCGAGAUCAAAGAGGCCACAUCUGCCCUGCCCCUGGAUGUGACAGCACAGCCAGUGAUGAGUUAUGACCCUCUUCCGCCUCUGGAUUCAAUAGCGUCCUACACCAGGCCAGAGAGGCCGAAUGCAGGAGCCUCAAACGAGAGCACGUUGUCUCUGUUUUUCCGAUCUCUGCUGCCAAACUUUAACCUGCAGGGUGGACAGAGGCCUGAGGAUGACCUGGAAGUGGCACGCGCUGGACGAGAGCUGAACCAAGAGGUGAAUCGACUGAUGGUGGCCAUGAGGGACAUGCUGGCUAAUAUCCAGUUCCAGGAGCCACAGAGGGACGACAACCCUGACAGAGAUGAAGAGGAGUGGGACUGAGAGCAGACCCUGAGAGUAGGAACGGAGAGGAAAAGAGAGGAUGCUACAAGGUAUAGAGUGAUAGAGUGAUGGCGUGCAAUCUUCCAUUGAUGGAGGACACAGAAAGAAGUUAACAAAGGGACUGGACGUUUUUAUGCUGUAAAACUCUAUUCUUUCUCUCAUACCAAGACUAAAAUCCUUAAGCUCUCUAACUAGUAUAAUUGCCAAAGCCCUGGGUGCUCCAGACCUUAAAAGAACUCCCCAUGUUUAUAUCACAUUCUUCGUCUGACCCUCUGUUGAUCCACACUGAAAGGAAAGUAUUCAUCAAGCCAUAAAAUUGUACUUGUUUCACAAGCACUUUGAAUAGCAGCUUUAUUUUGGCUUGAUAAACCGAAUGUCAAGUUCUCCUGAUUGAUCUGUAGAUAAGAUUGGACAUAAUGGCACGCACUGGUGCUGCUUACCAAUUAUUGCAAAGAUAACAGCAUAUCUAUAUCUCAUAUUUAGCUCUGUUUUAAAUGAGCUAAAUUAACAUUUUCAGCUUCAAAUGGAACAUCAUGCUAUUGAGGUUGAAUUAAUUUGGCUCGGAGUUCUGUGAAUUUAUUUUGAAGGGAAAUGGGUCUAGUUUUGGAUAAAUGCACAUUACCCAGCUCUACUGGGUCCCUCCCACUGAAUGGUUAUGGACACAUCCAUGCACCUUCUGGAACAUCUGUAAAUUGUGUUCAUAAAUUCAUCAGGUUCAUAGGCUGUCAGUCCAUGUUCAGAAUGCCAGCCCAAAUCAAAUUUUUAGCAUUUCUAGAUCUGUAUCCGUAAUGAUUAUCCAUAGUAAUAAGAUUAUAUAUAUAUAAAUUGUAUAUAAACUGCCAUGGGUAAAAACUGGUGUAAGGCCGGACUUGAUUUUAAAAAUGAUUUGAUUAAAUGAUCCAGAUUUCUUCUUCAUCUUCAAAAGGAACACCAUUCUGUUUUGGUUUAAUUAUGGUAGUCAGGGGGUCAGCGGUUGAAUUUCGGGGGGGGAAACAUCUAGUUUUGUGUGAACUGAACACUUCACAUGCCUAAUGCACAUUACCCAGCUCUCCUUUCCCUGCUGCUUUAAUGGUCACAGACACAUUCAUGCACCUCCUGUAACAACUGUAAAUUGUGUAAUCAAUUUCAUAAAUAUUAGUACUGUAAUUCAGUUUUAAAUCAGAAAACUGUUCAGGACAUUAAUAAUAUGAUUAUAUAUAAAUUGUAAAUAAACCACCCAGAAAUUUGUAAGACAUGCAUCAUGGGUAAUAAUUGGUGUAAUGCUGGAUUUAUCUGAAAUUAAACAUUUUUGUUGACUGAU